AGGGGGGAACGGGAACGGAAUAGGAAUGCACCCUCCUCUCGCCCAAAUGUCAUCACAUCACAAGACGACAAGACAAACAAUUUUAUGAUUGACAGUAUCAGAACAUUUGUGAUAUAGGUGUCUUUUCUUAAGCGUUAACAAUGGAAGCUGUUCCGCGACUCCCUAUGGUCUGCUUUGAACUUAGAUCACCAUCGGAAAACCCGAGCUUUGGAAGGCUGAAGGAGUACAUUAAGAACUUCUACCAUGAAGAUCCUGACACUUACUCUCAAGAAAUUGGUGUUAUGGAGGCAUUACGUGCUGGGGCUGUGAGGCCAGAAAAAGAUGUCCUAGGCGUUGCAAACUUGAAGCGCUAUUACUGUCAGCUCCAUUUCUUAAUGAGCAGAUUCCCGAUGGUCAAAGAUGGAGCUGCUGCAAUCACGUUUGGCUGGCGGGAUGUAUAUGUCGGCAUAGCAUACUCUGUGGCGGACAUUCGGUAUGAAAUAUCGUCAGUUUUGUACAAUAUUGGUGCCUUACAUACACAACUUGGUAUGUUGGACACUCGAACAACAGAGGAUGGAAUGAAAAUGGCUUGCACUCAUUUCCAGUGUGCUGCUUGGGCUUUUCAGCACUUGAAAGACACAUAUCCUCCCUCUACUGACGCUGACGUAGCUCCUGAUAUAAUGCUAUUUGCAUAUCAUCUCUGCCUAGCACAGGCUCAAGAGUGCAUUCUUGAAAAGAGCAUGAUGGAUAACCGCAAAGCAUCAAUUAUAGUGAAAGUUGCAGUCCAAGUAGUAAAUUAUUACAGUCAAGCUUUUAAUGCUUUGAAACUAAGUGUCUCUGAAGAAUCUGUGGGCACUAAAGUUUACACGUCAUGGCGAAGGUUAGCAAAAUUCAAGGAAAUAUAUUAUCGCUGCGUAAUUCAACUAUUUCAAGGCAUGCAAGCAGAAGAACAACAGAAGAUGGGAGAAAGGGUGGCCUUUUAUCAAUUAGCUCAUGAAACACUUGAGGAGGCCAUAAAGUUGUCAAAAAAUCUUGAUAAAUCUGAUAUGAACCCUAAGCAGGUACAAGAAGCCUUAAGUUUUACGCAGGAUGUUGUUGAAGGCAAAAGGAAAGCUGCAAAGAAUGAGAAUGAAUUCAUUUACCAUGAAGAGGUUCCUGAUCGAGAUCAACUGCCCAAGGCAAUGGGUGUGUCACUUGUUAAGGGCAUCCCUUUUAGUAUUAAUGACCCUGAGGUAUCUGGACAAGAUAUUUUCCGAAGAUUAGUUCCAAUGAAAGCUCAUGAGGCAUCAUCCCUUUACAGUGAAGAAAAAGCCAAGCUUCUUCGGAAAGUUGGAGGAUCCAUUGAAGAAAAAGAUCAGCUCCUGACAGCAUUUCUUUCUUCAUUGCAACUGGAUUAUUUGCAUUGCUAUUCCGAACCAAAUCAACUACCUCAGGAGCUAGUGGAUCGAUGUGCAGCUCUCAGUGCCAAACCUAAUGCAAUUCAAAGCUUAGUUGAGUCCAUGUCUAAGCUCUCUGAUGUUUGUGUUGGAGUGGAAACAAUGCUUCAAGAAAUAAAAAUUCUAAUUGAGGAAGAAGAGACUUUGGAAAAAGAGUAUCAGUCAAUUAUGGGUAAAAGACCCCCAUCAAUUGUUGCCACUGACAUGACCCGGGAAAUGACCAAAUAUCUGGAAGCUCAUGCAAAGGCAAAUGAUUCCAAUCAAGCUCUCCAUAGAGUUAUGUCAACACAUAUAAGCAAUUUGCGCAUUCUAUCUCUUCCUCUUGGCCAAUUACAAGAACAAAUACCACCACCACCAUCUCUUUCAGAUCCUGAAAGUGAAAAAAUUGUCAGAGAGAUGCAAAAUUUGAUGGAGAAGGUUGAAGAAAUGCGCAGUCAGCGAGCUAUGUUGACAUCUCAGCUACGAGAUUCUAUUUGCAAAGAUGAUAUCACUCAACUUCUUAUCACCCACCCAAAUGAGAACGUUGAUAUUAUAUUUCAAGAGGAACUAAAAAAACAUCAAGAUAUUGUGAAAUUGAUUCAGCAAAAUCUCUCAGCUCAAGAUAACAUUUUAAAAGCUGUGACUGAUGCCUAUGCUCGUUAUAGUAAUGUUCGAAAAUCCACUGCUGAAGUAGUGAGGAAGAGGCAGUCAGUCAUCAAUGCCCUCAUAUCUUGUUUUGAUGCCUAUGAAGAUUUACUAGCUAAAUCUGCAAAAGGUCAUGAGUUCUACAAUAUUCUGGAAACAAAUGUCAGUAAGCUACUUGGCCGAGUCAAGAGCACGUGUCGUGUUCAACAAGAGGAAAGGGAGCAAAUGCUACUGAAGAGUAAUAAUGUUUUGCCCCAGAAGAUCCAAAACAAAGCUGCAAUAAUUUCGGAUCCGUCUGCCACUUUACCGAAGUCAUCUACACCAAAACUUAAGGAUUAUUUAAAUUCUGAUGGUGGUAUCAAUGUGUCAUUGAGAAGCAACUACAUGAGCACUGAGUUGGCACCUCCUGCAUAUCCCUCGAAUGCCAUGUAUAGUCCAAUGCCAGUAGACACUUCGGCCCACUCAGGAGUAUACUAUGAUUCAGGUCCAAAUGCAUCAUCGAAAGUACCUAUUGAUAAUAAGCCUCAGAGCUGGAUGCCAGGAGUUAGACCGGCUCCCUUGGGAUCUGAAGCCACAACAUCGGCUUUGAAAUCUGAACCUAGUGAUAUGAAGAAUGCAUCAUAUCUCUCUCAAACUCCAGCUGCCCUUCAUAACACAUACCCCCAACAAGUUUAUAAUUAUGCUGGCGCUUGGGGAUAUGGAAGUCAAGCAUCCACAAUGAGUACCUAUCUCCCUACGAAUGUCCAAUAUUCUGUUGAUGCAAAAUUAAGCGACAUGUCAGUCCUUCCAACAAACCACCGGAUGGACACCUACAGUAUUGACCAAGGACAUCGGUAUACGCCAGUGGGUGGCACAUCUUAUCAGAGCACGAUCGAGAUUCCAGGAACUAAUCUACAAGCUUCUCAAGAAAAUCAUUUGGCAUCCGGAGGCUACAAAAACCCGUCGACCCAAAUACCACCGCCAAUGAGCCAAACAGCCGAAAACACUAUCCCGGUUUCUAUGUAUCAGUCCAACACUGGCUAUGAAUCUUAUCAGCCGACUGUUGCAGCCUCUGUUGGUACCACUUACAAUGCACAGAAUAAUUCAUCAGCCUACCAAAGCCCUCCCUAUUUGGCUGGUAGUUCUUCUGGUCUUCCUUCUGCUUAUCAUUCCGCCAGUGGAUAUGGUGAAACAUCUGAUCAAAGUGGAGUUUCUGUCUACAACAGUGCAUCCAAUACUAUUCAGAACUCUGGAGUGAGUCAGUACCCUAACCAAUUCACUCAACCAGCAAACUCCUACAAUCCACAAGUUUUGCCUGGGUAUCAGAAUAUGUCUGGAAGCAAUGCUGUGUCUGCUACCCAACCUAAUCAAUACUCUUAUGACCAGCCCUACCAAGCCCAAGUAGUUUGGCCAUCCAGUUUGCAGACAUCAACAGCUUUUAAUUCAACGUAUCCGACUUAUCAAACAGCUGGCUCCAGCAAUUCAUCGCAGUUCCAAUAUAUGGACAACCAAAAUGUUUCAUCCUAUUCCAGUGCUGGAUCAUACCCAACAAGUCAAACAUCCUCCAGCUAUACCAAUCAAGCGCAAGCAUACCCCUUCAAUUCGAGUUCAACAAGCACUGCUGGAAGUUACUAUGCCUCUCCUCCUUAUGGCUCUCAAGGUCAGACCAGCAUCAUGGAAUCUACUGGUUCAAAUCAGAGUUCAUAUGCCGGGAACCAACAGAAUUACACUACACAGGGGAUGUACAUGCAAGCUCGCAUGCCCAACUCUGACUCUUACACUACAGACACACCAAAUCCCUCCAGAAGCUCUCACUCUGAGGAUUUGUCAUCUAAUAUUGAUCUAUUAGCUGGGCUAGAUUUUUCCAUCAAUCAGCAGCCUUUAGUUCCUCAACUGCAGCUGUCUAAAACCCCCUCUGAAGGCAAGGACUUUGCUCCAGUCACAGAACUCCCAGUCAGCAAACAGCCAGCUGAAAAUAAUGUCGUCAGUACUCUACCAAUGAAGAGUCCUGUAUCUGAUGAGAAACCUGAAACUCUCAUGGAUUCUAUGGCUGCUUUACAGGUUGCAAGUGAUCAGAAUGUGAAAACACAAACUCAGAAAUUUCCAGUCAUAGAUCCUUUUCAAGAUAAAGACUACCUCCACCAAUUUACUCAAGAAGUAGAGAAGUACGAGAAGUUUGUGGAAGGUCUGACACUGAAAACAUUAAAUGGACCAACUCCUCUUGAUAUAAAAUGGAAAGAAAUCACUGAACUCCAGGAAAGAGAUUCCCACCGAAGAAGUAUUUCAGUGGCUAGAUGUUAUCCCAUGAAAAACCGGUUCCCGGAUAUUCUGCCGUAUGAUUGCUCAAGGGUUGAACUUCCUUCUACCAAAGAUGACUACAUCAACGCCUCGCAUUUGAAGGAUUUAACUCCAUCUACACCUUCUUUUAUUUUAACCCAACUACCCCUUCCCUCCACUUUUAAUGAUUUCUGGAUCAUGGUUCAUGAACAACAAGUAGAAGUUAUAGUAUGCUUACUGAGUGAUAUGGAGCUUGAAGGACAAAGGUACUGGCCUGCUGAAAAAGGUCAAGAGCUGUCUCUGGGCAGGAUGCGUCUUAACUUACAAACUGCCAAUGUAAAACAGCACUGGACAGAGCGUAUUAUUUCUGUUUAUGAUGCUGAAACAAGAGCCUCCAAAAUAGUUGUUCAUUUGCAGUUUACUGCAUGGCCUGGAAGUUCUUUUCCAGCAUCACCUGGCCCUUUCCUGUCCUUUGUGUCUGAAUGCCUUGCCUUUCACUCGCAACAGAGGGUGGUUUUGCACCCUAUAGUCGUUCAUUGUCAGUCAGGAGUGGGCAGGACUGGCCUCUUCUGUCUAACUGCUGCUGCUGUGUGUGAGGUGCAGGCUGGCCAUGGGCUGAUUGAUCUUGUCAAAUUGACUGCAGCAAUGAGUGAGCGCCGGAAGGCGGCCCUCAGGGAUCGUGAGCACCUCAAGUUUGCAUACCUGUCUUUGCUGUAUUAUGCUCAAGACAUAUUGAUGAAGUGCGGGAUCUUGACUAGUGGAUCUAGUUUUGAGGAUAAAAGGAGUCGAUCGGAAGGAAAGUGUCACACUCGCCAUCCCUCGCAAGAUUUCCUCCUUGGCCCUCCCACUGGCUUGAGUCAACUACAGUCUGGACUUGAGAAAAUGGGGUUAGAUGUGCCAAACCAGAGUCUUGAAGUGGCCAACCAAAUGCCGGGUACAGAAAGGGAGUUGCCUGCAUCCAUCCCGACAACCCCAUCACCUGGUAUUGAAGCCUCACAUCUUACAGAUUUGUCUCAGUUAAAAAUGCAAAGCAAAGCAAAAGAAGUAAAAUCUUCACGCUAUACAGCUGAAAGCUUUAAGAAGGCGAACCAAUCAUUGGAACUACUGACGUCAAAUCCUACGGACCCAUUCAGUGAAAUUGAUCCAUUGUGGCCCCUCAAAAGAAAUUAAAUUGUUAUAAGUUUCUGUUUUCUCAAGCUGACUAAAUCUUGUUUAGUUUAAAUCAUGCAAGGACAGAAGUAUUACAAUUUGUGCUCUUAAAACCCACCUGUAACCAGAGCUUAUCAUUGCUUUAAAUUUUAAGAUCCUGUUUUGAUUAUAUCUCGUGGUUUUUAUUGUAUGAGACUGACACUGAAAGUUGUGAUGGAGAAUGCUGCUUAUAUUGUGUAUUUCCUCUUUAUACUAUGUGACGUUUCAAUCUUUGCCUGCCACUGUGAUAAACUGGCAUUGUAUCUUUCUUAUUGUUAUAUUUUGUUUAGCAAAUAUUUAAUCUUUGUAGAUUUUGACUUUAGUCUUUCAUUAGAUUUGCAUCUAUUGUUUCUUGGAGUCCUGAAGUCGCCCUGUGUCUGGAAUAUACUUUUAUUUUCUCAUUCUGCUUGUUGCCAUGCCUAUGUAUUCUAUUUAUUUUUUCAGGCAGUGAACUGAGCCAUAAUCUCAUGACUGAGCUUUUAUGAGUUUCUUUCUUACAUGCAAUUUAUUUGUUACUUUUUGUAAUAAUUUUAUCAUUACCAUUCCCUGUAAAUUGUACUUUGUUUUUUAUCAAAUGAUUUUCACAUUAUUUUCUGUCUUUAUGGAAAUAAUCAAUCAGUGCACUUUCAUCUUGUGAUAUUCAUACUGUAUUUCUUUGACCACUAAAUCAACAUGAAAUAAAAUAAAAUGUUUCAAUCAA